AUGCAUCAGAAAUACGGCCCUAUUGUGCGUAUCAAUCCAAAGGAGGUCCAUAUCAUCGAUCCCACCUUCUAUAACGAGAUAUAUGCAUCAGGGAUGCGAAAGCGUGAUAAGUAUGAGGGGUUUGUGCGCUCUCUCGCUGCCGACGAGUCUACUGUCUCCGCCGUGGGCUCUGAAAAGCACCGCUUCCGACGUGGCAUCCUUCAGAACUUUUUCUCCAAGCGGUCUGUUAUGGAAUUUUCAUCAGCAAUUAGUGAGAGGGUAGAGAAGCUGAUGCGACGCCUGGAGGUAUUCGAGAGAACCCAGACUCCAGUGGCUCUUGAUGCAGUAUUCUCAGCAUUGACCUCCGAUAUGAUUACUUAUAUCUGCUAUGGGAAGGAUUGGAAAUUCCUAGAUCAUGAGGAUUUCAAUUGCGACAUUCACCAGGCUGGUGUGGAUUUUGCCAAUUUCUUUCAUUUCAACCGAUUUUUCCCGUGGGUAUUCAUGACGCUGCGAGCACUGUCUCCACGAAUGUUGGCACUCCUCAUACCCGGUCGAGCGGCAACGUUCAAAUUCCAGGAUUCUCUCCUUAAGCAUGCAAUUGAAUUGGCCACGAACGAACAAUCUGAUGCCCCCAGCAAAGAAACUGAAAAGCCUCGUGCGAAUGUGAUCUCCAACUUGAUCAAUCCAUCUAUACCAUAUAUGGAACGAAGUCGUCGGCGUCUGGAGGAUGAAGUCAUCACGAUUCUUGUCGCUGGAACAGAAGCACCCGUUAAGGUUCUAUCAAUGGCUAUGUACUAUCUUGGCAGUGAGCCGGCUAUUGGCGAGAAAUUACGGGCGGAACUGAAAACCGUCUUACCGGCACGUACCAGCACUGCCACAUAUGCAGAGCUUGAAAAGCUGCCAUAUUUACAUGGCGUUGUUUAUGAGUCUUUACGCAUAUCGGACUCGGUUAUUGCACGGUUCCCUCGAAUAGCGCCAACAGAAACACUCCGAUACAAAGACCAUAUUCUCCCUCCAGGAACUCCAAUGAGCUGUUCUUCUUACUUUAUCUCUCGCAACCACGAUAUUUUUCCCAACCCCGAUAAAUUCGACCCAGAGAGAUGGAUCCAUGCAGCUGAGAAAGGUGAGAAUCUAAAGCAACAUCUAACAGCGUUCACCAAGGGAAGCAGAAUAUGCCUUGGAAUGAAGUAA